CUUUUGGGAGAGUAUUUAGAGGUGUUUAUCGUUUAUAUGAAAUAUUGUAGAAUAGCUUCCUGGCUUUGGUAGUAGAUUCUAAAAGUAACGAUUGGAUAUAGCUCCUAAUAUUUGAUAGCUUUUUUAUAUUUACUUUAAGUUUAAAUUUUUUUUGUUUCUCAUUCUUCAUUUUGUGUUUAAACUCUAAAAUUUAAGCUUAAAAGAGUUCUAGUAGUUUGAUAAUGAGCCAAAUAUUUCGAAAGGAUCAAAUACUAUGUAUCAAUAAAAUAUGAAUCGUUUAGAUAGCCGUUAUCCAUAUCAAAAAUAAAAGAUCCUCUUAGAAGUGACAAUUCCUCCUUCCAUCGAAAGAAAAAAUAACUCCCUCAUAUUUUUGACCUCACAAGAAUUCUUAACCUGCCUAUCCCUAAAAAUAUUUACUAUGGCAAAUACCCCUCUUCUUUCUUUCCCCUCCUUCUCACACAAUACCAAUAAACUCUCUCUCAAUCAAGACCCCAAAUAAAAGAUCUCCUUACCCCUUCGUCUCUCCCACAUUUCUAAACCCUAGUCCUCUUCCCCCAUCCUGGCUUCUUAAUUACCCAAAAAUUAGCCUUAGAGCUCUCAAUCUCACUUAGAUCUCUUCGCCUAAUUUCUUGCAGUGAUCCUUGGCUAAUUCGCAGUAAAAUCUAACUACUUCAUAGGGACACAAGACGGCAAUAAUAUUAUGGGCUUUAUUCGUCCUUUUUGUGUAUGGAAAACUAAUUGAGGAAUCAACAGAAAGCAGGUGAUCAUCAAAACGGUAACUCAAGAGGAAAGAGAGCCUCUUGAUCUUGAACCCAGCAAUACGAAUCUCUCGAGUGCAUCUUUGCAAACUACAAGCAAUUCAGUCUCUCCCAAAAGAGAGCUAGCCGCUGUCUGUGGGGACGGAACUACUACUAAUCCUGAAACUUGUGAUGAUGGUAACACUGCUAGUGGUGACGGAUGCAGCUCUAGUUGAACUAUUGAGGUAGGAUUCACCUGAUCAGGGGCAACCUGAACAGAUAUUUGAGCAGAUGGAAUCGUAAUGUCCCGGAAAAACAAAGGAGAGUACAUAGGCUGAGACGAUGGAAACACAGCUAAUGGAGAUGGCUGCAGCAGUUCCUGUACAACAGAGACUGGCUACAUUUGUUAUGAGGGAAAUUCUACAACAAAAGAUACAUGUUAUGAGCUGUGUGGAGAUGGUACAAGACUUCCAAAUAAUACAAAUCCAAAUUACUGAGAUGACGGAAACAGCAGAAAUGGAGAUGGCUGCUCUAAAACUUGUCAAGUUGAAGAAGGCUACUUAUGUGGAGGAGGUAAUAUUACUCAUAAAGAUGUUUGCAUAAAUGAAUGUACUGUGUUAGGGUGCGCUGUCUGAAAGAAAGACAAUGAUAAACAAUGAAUAACCUGAAUUACAGGAUUUGGCCUUUUGAGCGAUGGAACUUGUGGAUAUGGAGUCUCUGAUGCUGAAUCUGGAGAUAAAUAUGAUGAGAUGGGACAUGUUUCCUUGGCUAUCUCAAAGGCAACCAUGGGCACUGCAGUGGGAGUGGCAAUUUUAACUUCUACUGCUCCUUCUUCUGCUUGGAUCUUAGCUAAUCAAAUCCAAUUGUUCUCUUUAUUUCUAUUAACAAAUACUAAAAUUCCUACAGAUGUGAUAAAUUACAUUAAAAGAUUGGAUACUUUUAUGUUCUCAAUGAAGUUUCUCCCUUUGUCAGGAACUUCAACUUAUGGAAAACUGACAAAUCCUAUCGAGAAGGAGCAGAAGCAUCAAAGCCUGAAGAAUAUUAGUCUUGAGUAUCAAAGUAGUAUUUGAAAUAAUAUCGGUGUCCUCCUUGCAUUUUGUAUCGUAAUUUUGAUCCAUAUCACAAUAUUUUGGAUACCUAGGAGAUCAUCAAUUGUUAAUCAUACUUCAAGCAAGGCGAGGUUUAACAAGAUAAUGAAUGCCAUCUUCAAGAUCUUUACUUUCGGAGUUUAUAUCAGGCUUGCUCUUCAGGCAUUCCAAUAUCUCUUACUUGGAGUCGUCUCAGAAUUGAAGGAAUUCGAUACGUCUGAAAUUGCAAUGGCUGCAUCUUUAAUUUUUGCAGCAAUUUUCGGAUGUAUUGCAACAUCUAUAUUUGUAAUCUCAAUAAUCCAGGCAUGCAGAAAGCCUGAGAAUGAGGAAGAGGUCCAUUACAAAUUACAGGAGUACAGCUCUGGUCUAAGAGACAAAAGACUAGCAAGAGUUUACACCCCAGUUAUACUCUUCAGAAGAUUUUUCUUUGUGGGUCUUCUAGUACUAUUCUCUUCUUCAGAAUCUACUUUGCUUGUUGUUGGGAUGAUUCUAUUUCAGGUGCUCUACAUCCUCGCUUUUUGUGUGAUAAGACCACAUGAGGCAGUGAUUAACAAUAUUCUUGAGCUCACAAAUGAAGGGAUCUUUACUAUCUUGCUCGGCUUCUUGCUCAAAGUCAACACCUCCGAUGAAUGGAGUAGAACUAUGAGAUCGAUAUUUACUUGGGUAAUGCUAGUAAACAUUAUCAUUGUCUUUGUAUUCGUUAUAACCUGCCUCGUACACUAUGUCCGCAAGAUGUUUGGGAAGGAUGAAAGUUUAGCAUCAACUAGGAAAAUAUCAAGCAUUCCAGAUCAUAGCAUCAGCAUUAACAAGAUGAGACCUGUGAUGAAUGACAUCUCCUCAAAUCCAGUCUAUGAGUCUCAGCCAACAAAGCAAAACAAGAACUCAUUCGUGUUUGAUUGGAUGUCUAAUGCAAGCCCACCAAGGAGAAAGUUUGACUUUAGUAACAAUAACAGGUUUUAA